AUGUGUCCAAUGGCUUCUUCUAUUCGCAAUAUGAAUAUGCUUGUUGGAGUUAUGAUUAUUAGCUCCUUGGUAGCUACAUGUUUUGCUAAUUUCAACCAAGACUUUGAUCUAACAUGGGGUGAUCAUCGUGCUAAGAUAUUCAACAAUGGUCAGCUUCUAUCUCUUUCUCUUGACAAAACCUCUGGCUCUGGCUUUCAAUCCAAGAAAGAAUAUUUAUUCGGUAGGAUUGAUAUGCAACUCAAACUCGUUGCCGGAAACUCUGCUGGAACCGUCACUGCUUACUACUUAUCAUCGCAAGGGCCAACUCAUGAUGAAAUUGAUUUUGAGUUCUUGGGGAACGUUAGUGGUGAUCCAUACAUUCUCCACACAAACGUGUUUUCUCAAGGCAAAGGAAACAGAGAACAACAAUUCUACCUCUGGUUUGACCCAACCAAGAAUUUCCACACUUACUCCAUCAUCUGGAAGCCACAACACAUAAUAUUUUUAGUUGACAACAUUCCCAUAAGAUUGUUCAAGAAUGCUGAAUCUGUUGGUGUUCCAUUCCCAAAGAACCAACCAAUGAGAAUCUAUUCAAGUCUCUGGAAUGCUGAUGAUUGGGCUACAAGAGGUGGUUUGGUCAAAACUGACUGGUCCAAAGCACCCUUUACGGCUUACUACCGCAAUUUCAAAGCCACUGAACUCUCCUCUGUCUCUUCUAAUUCAUUCUCUGAUUCUACAUUGCAAAGCAAUGAACUUGAUGCUUAUGGUAGAAGAAGAUUGAGAUGGGUUCAGAAGUACUUCAUGAUAUAUAAUUACUGCAAUGAUCUUAAGCGAUUUCCACAAGGGAUUCCUGCUGAGUGUAUGCAUUCAAGGUUCUGA